AUGUUAUGGUUAUCGUUGAUAAGCUCCUUUUGAUCGACUUCAAAAUAAUGAAAAGGUUUUCCGAAAUCCUUCGACGCACAAACCACCACUUUGUUAUCUACCAGGUCACAUGCGUAUGUAUGUAAAAUACGAGUUACCACCGCGAUUACGAAACGUACUUGUUGAGAGUUCCUUACUUUGCUUGCACGGCCCGCGGGGAUUCACAUGCCAUCGACUGGUUUAUCGUAAGGACUGUUCGUUCGCCGAAGUCCAUCAUCUCCGAGAAGUUCGAUAACUGGGGCACACGGUUAAAAUUCGCGAAAGCUCCGAAGGUAAAGGAGUCGGUCGCGGAGGAGAGCGAAUUGUGACUUAAGAGCGUACUUCUUCUACGGACAAACCACUACUAACUACUAAAUAAAUAUCACUACUACUUGCGGGAUUUAGAAAGAACCGUCGGCCGCUGUUCUCACUGCGACUUGUUGGCAUUUACCUUGUUUUAACUUACCUCGCACACCUGUAUUGGUGAGUGAAGGAAGUUGCGAUAUAAGACAUACAGAGCGUUUCGUUUCGUAAUACCAUAAAACGAUUAAGUAUUUGGAUUAAUUCUCGGGCUAUUGAAUAAUCGGGUAAAGAUGUAGAGUAUGUGUGCAAAUUUACCAAAAGAACACAGAUCACUCUUAACGCCAAUUUGUUCUUCCAGAUGGGACGUAUGAGAUUACUACAGGAAUUAAUAGAAGGGAUGUCCCUGAGUAGUUUUUUUCGAUUACAUGAUUAGGUUUUUUCGUCGAGGACUGUCAAAGUUAAUCUGACUUAAUCAAUUUUGAUGAUUAGGAAGUUGAUUCCUAUAGAUUCUAGCAUGCUUAACAAGAAUACGAAACAAUUUUACUAAUAGCAUUUGAAAUGAAAAGGUUGUGAUUAAGCCGAAAAAACUGAAUUUGUAUCAAAAUUUGAUAUUCGAAUUCAGUAUGCUCGGAAUCGAGCCUUAUUAAAGAAAAAGUUUGGUCAACUUUUGACGCCCUUGACGGAAAAACUAACCAUGAAAUGGAAAAGCAUCCCAUCACGGAUUUUCCCUCUAUUCGUUUAAGGAUUAAUAUCAGAUUUUCCGCUAUUGUCACUUUGCAUUUUGCAUGCUUUUGGUAUGCAUAUUUGGAACGCGUUGUUGUGAAGUUAAACCGAAAAAAAAAAUGAAUUUGUAUCAAAAUUUGAUAUUCGAAUUCAGUAUGCUCGGAAACGAGUCUUAUUGAAGAAAAAGUUUGGUCAACUUUUGACGCCCUUGACGGAAAAACUAACCAUGAAAUGAAAAAGCAUCCCAUCACGGAUUUUCCCUCUAUUCGUUUAAGGAUUAAUCUCAGAUUUUCCGCUAAUGUCACAUUGCACUUUGCAUACUUUUUAUAUGCAUAUUUGAAACGCGUUGUUGUGAAUAAGGCUUACACUUGUGGGUAAUUAAUUUUUAUUGUAUUAUAAUAUGCAUUACACCCCUCGAAGAUUAGCUUAUGAUUGAAAAGGUGUACCUAAUUCAGUUUUAAUCUUCCUAAUUACAAUUGCGAUUAGUUGUUUCUUAAAAACCAUCAGUGAUAAUCCUUUUUUUACAAACUUGUAUUCAAAGAAAUAAGUACGUAAUGUAAAAAGGAUUCCUCACAUGCGACGUGUUCUGAGUACCUACUAACUUAUUGCGGUAAUAUUACGUCUCUAACGCAAACGCACUUGCUGAUUUUUGCUUGGCCUUCUGUGCCACUUUUCGUUGUUUACAAGUUUGCGUUGUUUGAUGCAAAACUAAAAGAGGACGAAUCAAUCGUUUUAUGGACUCUUUCAACAAAUGUAAUGUGUCUUUGUACGUACGUUUGUGUGUAUAUAACUAAGUGUGUAUUUAAUGCCUUUGUACAGUUAAUUUAUGGCGAAUAUGUCAAUGGAGUUUUUGUUCGGGUCUAAACGAAAAAGAAAAAAGAAACGAAUUGCACUUUUUUCUCAUACGGAGUUUGUCAGUCAACAGGGCAAGAGAAAGGAGGUUCGCAUUUUACAGAUGCGCAUAAAUUUGAGGAUUUUUGCAUGCAACUUUUUUUAAGUUGUCUCCUGUUUGUCUGUCGAUCUUUUUGUUUGUUCAAACUAAAAUCCGAAAGUCCUAGAACUGUUAUCAAUUAUUUGUAACAUAAAGUACAACUAAUGAAGAUAUCACGUGCGUCACCCGCAUUGGCAAGACUUAUCUACACUCCAAACCGACACAGCUGCACUAGGAUGGAAUGAAGGAACCUCUGGGGUUUCCCUUCCGCCAAACGGAUUGGUUCCAGAAAGCCACCGUAGCGACUGAAGAUCAAUAAGGAGUGGAUCUAUCCAAACCCAUGAGCGUUCAACUAGGAGACUAUUCAACGAAUCUGGUGUCACGCUGCUCAACCCCUAAUCCAGCAUGCAGGUUAUCUUUGAACUGCCCCUUCGGGUAUGACACCAAUUGGCGGGGAGGAACUGAAGUUAGACCUGUACAGGCACUCCGAAGGGUAGCGGCUACCCGGCGCCCUCUUCGUUGGACGACAUUCGUUUUGCUGUAUUCUCGUUUUCUCAGGAUACUUUAGCCUCCUGCCUAACCCGAGCUAAAAUGAUUUUUUCCGUCUACUCUGCUUUCACCCAAAAUGUGCAGCCCCCCCUUAUGAUUCAGAGUGCACACUCGAUCGACAUAUACCUACACGUUUCACGUCGAAAUCCCCCCUGAUAGAUCAGGUUACUAUGGGGCUCCACCUGAUGCACGCUCCUAUACCAGGACACUUACUUAGCCUUGGACAUGUGCGUUAAAAGGGACUACCCAGAGGACCACUGACUUUUCGAUAGCAUGGAAACAUGAAGCAACCACACUUUAAAGGUGUACAAAGGCAAUAAAAGUAGGACGGUUGCCAUAAGUGUUUUCGUCGAUUAAAAUUUUUCAAAAUUCUCGAUUUAGGAAUCCUAACACUUUUGCCAACGAUUUUUCUGUGCUUCCUGGAUGGUGUCGACUAGGACGUUGUGUAAAGUUCUUGUCACGACGGUUUGGAUUGAUUCAUUGGCUCCAUUGGUCGUGCACAGUUCUUUUUGGAGGGCUGAAAGUCUCUGCUAUCGUCCGAACACUCAUUUGACAAUUGGAUACAUUUUUGUCCCUUUUGCUGAUUGAUGACUAUCCAGAGCGGGCGUCAUAUUCCAUCCCUUCCCGAUCAAUUUAAAGCGUCUGGAAACUGAAGAAUAUUAAUUUGGAAAGAGCAAAGUGGACGCACGCUUCCUGAAUUAGAGUGAAAGAGAAGCUUUUUUUCGGUUUAGCACAGAACUUGAUCACGUAACAUUGCCUAGUACUGGAAGCACUGUGGAGUUGAGUCCCCUCCACCUGAUCCAAUUGAUCUGAACUACAAUAGCAGUAGGAAAAAGAAUUUGUUACUUUUCGGACACACAAAUGAUGAUAAGGUGAACUUGAACUUAAAGAUUGGAAUUAUUGUUAAAGAUGAAAUUAAAAGAUUACAAAAAACUCGAAGGUAGAUCUAGAAGAGAGAGUGAAAGCAAAGAUAGUGAUGCGAGUAAGAAGUAUGGUACUUAUUUCUAACGAACAACACUUAAUGGCAAAAACACUCGAAACAUUUUAUCGUUCUUUUUGUUUUUCAAAACUAAGCAUAAGUAGAUAAAGUGCAUCACACUGAUAAUACAUGUUGUCAUUUUUACUUUCUUAUCUAUUAUUUCUUAACUGAUAGUUGUUCGUUUCUCGUUUGUAUUAGUGUCCCUGAUACACUUCAUUGCCGAACAUCGUCAGAAAUCGCGUCACGUUUAAUAAUCUGUUUUGUCGUUGGUAGUGCUGAUAUGAAGACUUUGAAAAAUUGGGAGUUGCAUCAGCACACCGCCAGGUUUGUGGAUCUCAAAGUGGACGGUAACCACCUAUUUUGUAUCUAUGUACUGGAAGAGGAUUUGUUUCGCAUACUAAUUAAGCGUAAAGGAGAAUUGCAGUUGGAUCGCACCUGGAGCAUCGCGCCCCAGGGGAGCGACGUGCCUUGGGAAGGACGUCCGCGUGAAAGCAGCUCGGGAUUCAAUUUGCCACGUUUCAUAUUGGAACAAGUUGGUAAUAAACUCCGUUUUUCUACGUCUAAGCUGCGCAUGACGGUACACCAGCCGCUGUGGCUGGAAUGGGAGUACCUCGAUGAAAAAGGCAAAUGGCAGCCGCUGGCCUCCGAUUCCACGACCCACGGUUAUCGACUUAACCCGCACGGAGACGGCGUCGAGCAUCAUCAGCGCCGUUAUCCCAACGAUAGCUACUACGGAUUGGGUGAAAAGUCAGGCGACCUGAACCGCACCGGUCGUCGCUUUGAAAUGCGCAACCUGGAUGCAAUGGGAUACAACGCUGCCUCAACGGAUCCGCUGUACAAACAUAUUCCCUUUACCAUUACCCGGCGCAACGGCGUGAGCUUCGGCUUGUUCUACGACAAUUUGAGCAUCACUCGACUGGAUUUGGGCAAUGAACUGGACAAUUACCAUCUUCCCUACCGUCGCUAUCACGCCGAAGCAGGUGAUUUAGAUUACUAUCUAUUCUUGGGACCGCGGAUUCUGGACGUGACGAAAAAAUUCGUACGUCUGACCGGGAAAACGCUUUUCGGUCCCAAGUGGAGUCUGGGAUACAGCGGUUCCUCUAUGCAGUACACGGACGCGCCUGACGCAGCGCUUCAAUUGAUGAAGUUCAUCGAACUGUGUCGCGAACACGAUAUACCAUGCGAUUCGUUUCAACUUUCUUCCGGCUAUACCUCAAUCAACAAUAAGCGUUAUGUGUUCAACUGGAACUACGACAAGAUUCCGCAGCCGCAAGCCGUAUCUCAGGCGUUUCAUCAUUUGGGGCUCAAACUGGCGGCUAAUAUUAAGCCAUGUCUAUUGCGUGACCAUCCAAAAUACCAGGAGGUUGCUGCAAAGAAACUGUUCAUUCGCGAUUCCGAAUCCGACAAGCCAGAAAUAUCGAGCUUCUGGGGCGAUGAAGGUUCUCAUUUAGACUUCACCAACCCGGCGACGGUGAAAUGGUGGCAGGACAACAUCACGGCUCAACUGUUGAAAAUGGGCAUUGACGCUACGUGGAACGACAACAACGAAUACGAAGUGUGGGACGGCGAAGCGCGCUGCUUCGGCUUCGGCAAGGAGAUCGCCGUCAAGCAUAUCCGUCCGGUGAUGGCGUUGCUUAUGAUGCGCGCGUCUAUGGAUGCCCAGACGAAUUUUGCUCCGAACAAACGCCCUUACCUUAUUUCCCGGUCGGGGUGCGCGGGAAUGCAGCGCUAUGUACAAACCUGGAGUGGUGAUAACCACACCAGUUGGCAAACUCUGCGUUACAACAUUCGUAUGGGACUGGGCAUGAGCCUUUCCGGGCUGUACAACGUAGGGCACGACGUGGGGGGUUUUGCUGGCGAAAAGCCGGACAUCGAGUUAUUUGUCCGGUGGGUGCAGAACGGGGUAAUGCAUCCGCGUUUCACCAUCCAUUCGUGGAACGACGAUCACACGGUGAAUGAGCCUUGGAUGUAUCCUUCAGUCACCCCCGCCAUCCGGGAUGCGAUUGUUCUGCGUUAUCGCCUGUUGCCUUAUCUUUACACGCUAAUGUGGCAAGCUAGUCAGGACGACGAGCCCAUGCUGCGUCCCACGUUCCUUGAUCAUGAGCACGAUCCGAUGACAUUCGCCGAAACUGACGAUUUCAUGCUCGGUCGGGACCUACUGGUGGCCAGUGUUGUGGAACAAGGGCAGCGACGGCGCGACGUUUACUUGCCGCUCAAUACCUUCGGCUGGUAUGACUUUUACAGUGGCUCCUGGAUCAGCGGCGGGCAAACCAUCACGGUGGACGCGCCGUUGGAACGUCUACCAUUGCUGGUUCGUGCCGGAGCAAUGCUACCGCUUUCUGGACGCACGUCGCAUGUCGAUCCUUCAGCUGAUGAUCGUCGCGAUAUGCUUCUGUUUCCACCGCUGGGUAAGGGCCAAGAUAGAGGGUUACUGUUCGAAGACGAUGGCGAAUCCAACAAUUGGCAGAAGGGGAGCGCGCUGUGGCUGCAAUGGGACAUUACCUGCGAUAAUCAACGUAUCGAUGUAUAUUUUAGUUCCAAAGGGAAUUACCGACCGGCGUGGCAGUGUCUUAACGUUCGACUGCCGGAAAAUGAACGUCGUGCGCUGUAUAUCAACGGCGUCCAGCAAUUGAGCUGGACGUUGCCGUAAACUACCAGGAUACAGACUUUAAAAAUUUGCGUGUAGUAGCACUCGGAAACAUAAGCAUGUUCCUUAAAAACGUUGAAGUUUUUGAACUUUUCCAUAUGUGCGUUUUGAUGCGUUUUUGUCGAAUGUAAGGUUACCUAUUAAUAAAUAUUGCAGAACUUUUUACUUGU